UCAGGUCAGCUGUAGCGUGCUAGCUCUCGGAGCGGCUGCGUGACCGAGCUAUGAGCCGACACACAUUCGGGAGCGACGUGUUUUCACAGCUUCAGCGAAUUAUGUCAGCAACCGAACGACUGCCUGCCAGUAGUAAAUGGGUGGCGUAGAUAUGAGGAUGGUGUAGUCAAAGAGGCUGGGCAGUCUGGCGGGCUGAGGUGUGGAGGGGACACCGCGGACCACGCCAGAGCUCUGACUGGAGGUGGGGGGAGAAAAAAGAAAACUUCACUACGCUCGGUGGAUAUGCCGUCUCCAUGAGUCUCCUUGGACAGCAAUUAUGGUUACACUUAUCACAGAGCAGCUCCGUAAGCAGAGUUUAGAGGAACCUUAUCACAAGGCUUUCACAUUCAGUGCCAGUGUGUCUCUGCCUGCAGUGGGCUCAAUCCCUACCAUUUCUUGGAGCGCUGGCAGAACAACACAAGAAGCCAGCGCGGCCGCCACACACCAGUCAUCCAGAGCGCAUGUUUUGGCUGACGAGCGCGAUCCUUGGCCUCGCUCCCGCUCCGGAGAGCCACUCCAGGGACCAGAGGGUGCCCUCGCGAACAAAGCCUUCCAGAGUUCCCCUCCGCCGCCUUCCAAACGCCACUGCCGCUCCCUCUCCGUUCCCGAGGAUCUGUCCCAGUGCCGCUCCGCUUGGCACCCGAGCGCAUCCAAGGUCUGGACUCCUGUCAAACGGGGCUGCCACAGUAGAGGAGGAUCUAGUUCAGGGUCCGCAGCAAGUUCUCUGCUGCUCUGUGGCCCCAGUUCCUCCUUCACCUCCUCCUCCUUGCUCUCAUCUUCCAGCCCUAACUUCUUCAGUUUAGCGCUGUCUUCUGACUCUUCUUUGUCAUGUGGCUUCCCGUGGGAUCCCUGUGACACACUGAAAGGAGCUUGCUCUGCCUCCCUCGCUACUCCUUCAUCCUGCUCCUCCUCACCAGCCCCCCUGGUUUCCCGCUCUGUCCUGCGCCGUCGCUUCUCCCUUUCUCCUGUGCACAUUCAGAUCGCCUCGGUGGCGUCCCUGCACCCCCAGCCUUCCCCGGCUCCUGCUCUGGCACACGGCUUCUCCGGCCCAGACCAUCCCGCCCCGUGCCCGUCUCCCACUUCGGCGUGCAGCACACCGUCCUGCUCUAGGCGGGACCUGCACCCCGCACUGCCUCGAUGCCACUCGCAGCCCUGCGACAUGCGCAAGCCUCGGCUGAAGAGGCGCCAUGAUCCAGAUGUCCUGCCGUGCCCCAGGCCAGGGCUGGACUUCAGCAAAAUGACACAGAUGGGUAAUUACGAUAGCCUGCUGUGUGGAACAGGUGGAGGCAUAUUUCCAGUGUCUUCUCAGUCGGAGCAGCGCUUGGCCUUCUCUCCUGCUGAAUUCCUGGGAAGAACCAGCAUCGGCCCGCUGAGUGAAAGUGAAGAAGAAGAAGAGGAGGAGGAUGAGAGAAAAAGGACUGUUUUAGCCGUUGGAAAAAAUGCCAUUUUUGAAAGAGACUGUACAGAUUUGGACUUGAGCCUGAUAGAAGAAAACUGACCGUUACGUGGUGCUCUCAAUAACUACUGCAUUCAUAUCCAUGUAAAGCACACACGCGGGCUUCUGGUAAGGCCCAUCGGGAACAAUCUACUCAUAAUGUCCUGGGUUAAUGAUUAAGAGCCGGGGAAGUUGGAAACCGGGUUCCCGUUAGAUUGCAGCGAUUGUUCGCUUGCUCGUUUUUUUUUGUUUUUUUUUUCAGACGCUCACAAAAAACGUCAGUGCCUGCCUGUUCAGCCCUACAAAAUGGGAAUGGACACGUGCAAAGAAGCAGUUUUUUUCCAUGUCAAACACAGCAAACAACCACCGCAUCUUUGUAGUCUGUCAAAGCCUAACUGAUGCCACAUAUGGAAGUGAAUAAAAAGCGGCUGCUUAGAUUUAAAUGAUGCGCACAAGGUUACAAAGUCCUGAAGAAAUCCACGUCUUUGUGCUCUCAUCUAUAGUUCACAGGAAACAUUCCAGAAUCUGCUGUACUUUUUUAAAUCCCCCCCCCCCCCACCCCCCGCUAAAAUGCAUCAGUUUUCAGCUGCUCUUAAACUAAGUUUGCUACUUCAAAGGGAACUUUUUGUGUUGUAAUUGUUUCAAGCGACGAACAGACGAGCACCCCUCACCAAGAGUAACACUGAUGAUACUGUUAACCACGCCUUAAGCCUAAAAUACAGAGUCCUCGGUGCUCUGGUCCCCUGUUCACAAGCCAGACAUGUUGACGGCCUCUGUUUGCACUCGUUUGGAUGUUCUUGAAUGUCUGGCACAUGAACCGCAACAGCAGACAGAAUGAGUGAGUCGGUUGCUGCAGCUGGACUCCCUGCGGCCCACCCUCACGUACUGUAGAGCGGCGAAAGUUGUGUUUCCUACCAGCUCUGAGUGGUUCUGACCAAGGCUGGAGUAACGCAGAUGAUUUGGUGGCCUUUGACGAAUGAUCUUUCAUCUUUUUAGAAGGGUGGGGGGGGGAAACAAAAGACUCCUAUUGCACAAUGUAUGUAUGAAUAAAAUUUAAUAUUUUUUUCCAA